UGUAUGUCAUAGUUGCACAUCCUUCUAGUUGCUGUAUGUGGGACACGGCCUCAGCAUGGCCAGAGAAGCAGUGCAUCGGUGCGCGCCCGGGAUCUGAACCCGGGCUGCCAACAGCGGAGCGCGCUCACUCAACCGCUAAGCCACGGGGCCGGCCCAUGUAGCCAGGUUUUAAAGAGAAUGCAGCCAAAGCUGAAUUGAGGCAAUGAUUCCAGUCAGUGCAAUGGGUCUGUCCACUCACCAGCCCUCCCCAGCCUCAGGGCCUUGAGUUCACAGCCCAGGUGCAGGGGCCCAGUUUCUAGCUGUGGGGGCACUUCCUGUGUGGGGGGGACCCCAUUCUCGCCACUGAGGCAACUCCCACCAAGGACCCUGGGCUGGGCGCUGGGCUCAGGUGUCUGGUGGUGGGUUCUGGGGCGGGGCAGGGGACUGGGACUCGCUCAUGGAUGGUAAACAACAGCCAGAUUAAAACUGCUCCUGCACCUCAAAUGUCUGCCAAGGGCAUCCAGAGCUGUGUUCCCAGGCCAGCCCCUGGCUCACCGUUCCACCCAAGUGUGGGUGAUGGAGCAGGGCUGACAGAUGUCUCUAAGCUCCCGGGACCCAGCCGACGACCGCUGAGGAAGCAACACAGCCAGCCGUGUAUGAGGGGGAGCGUCUGUGUCUGCUUGAGAGUGCCUGUCUGCCUGUGGGCCCUUGCCUGUGUGCGUGCCUCUGUCCCCGCCUCCUGGCUGCCGGGCUGAGGAGGGGAAGCUGAGCAGGCCGGGGCCCACGCCGCUGCCUCUGCUCCAGCUAGGAUGUGGCUCUUCCACACUCUGCUCUACGUGACCAGCCUGGCUCCUCUGGCGGCCUUCAACGUGGAUGUGGCCCGGGCCUGGGUGACUCCCGAGGGAGGAGGCGCGCCUUACGUGCUCAGCUCCCUCCUGCACCAAGACUCCAGCACCAACCAGACCUGGCUCCUGGUCACCAACCCUCGAACCAAGAGGACAGCAACUCCCCUGCAUCGAUGUUCCCUCACCCAGGAUGAGAUCGUUUGCCAACCAGUAGAGCAUGUCCUCAUCCCCAAGGGGAGACACCGGGGAGUGACAGUUGUCCGGAACCACCAUGGCGUUUUGAUCUGCAUUCAGGUGACGGCCCGGCAACCCCACAGCCUCAGCUCGGAACUCACAGGCACCUGCAGCCUACUGGCCCCUGACCUCCGUCCCCAGGCCCAGGUUUACUUCUCCAACCUUGAAAAUUUCCUGGAUCCCAAUGUACAUGUGGAUGCUGGAGACUGCAACAGGAACAGAAAAGGCAGCACAGAGAAAACAGCCAGGCGGCGCCGGGAUCUGAAGACGGAGGAGGAGGAGGAGGAGGAGGAAGCAGCUGGCACUGAGAUAGCCAUCAUCUUGGAUGGCUCGGGAAGCAUUGAUCCCCCAGAUUUCCAGAGAGCCAAAGACUUCAUCUCCAACAUGAUGAGGAACUUCUACGAGAAGUGCUUUGAGUGCAGCUUUGCCCUGGUGCAAUACGGCGAAGUGAUCCAGACUGAGUUUGACCUUCAGGACAGCCAGGAUGAGAUGGCCUCCCUGGCCAGAGUCCAGAACAUCACUCAAGUGGGGAAUGUCACCAAGACUGCCUCCGCCAUGCAGCAUGUCCUAGACCACAUCUUCACGCCAAGCCAUAGCUCCAGAAAAAAGGCAUCCAAGGUCAUGGUGGUGCUCACCGAUGGGGACAUAUUCGAGGACCCCCUCAACCUCACGACUGUCAUCAACUCCCCAAAGAUGCAAGGUGUUGAGCGCUUUGCCAUUGGGGUGGGAGAUGCAUUUAAGAAGGACAAGACUGACAAGGAACUGCGGCUGAUCGCCUCGGACCCAGAUGAGACCCACGCCUUCAAGGUGACCAACUACGCGGCACUGGAUGGGCUGCUGAGCAAACUGCAGCAGAACAUCAUUCCCAUGGAAGGCGCGGUUGGAGAUGCCUUCCACUACCAGCUGGCACAGAUCGGGUUCAGUGCCCAGAUCCUGGAUGAGGGGCAGCUGCUGCUCGGCGCCGUUGGGGCCUUUAACUGGUCCGGGGGCGCGCUGCUCUUCGACGUGCAGAGACAGCGAGGCCGCUUCCUGAACCAGACGGCGGCGGACGCUGAGGCUGCGCCGUUCGGUUACCUGGGUUACUCGGUGGCCGUUCUGCACAAGGCCUGUGGCCUCUCCUAUGUGGCGGGGGCUCCACGGCACAAGCAGCGCGGGGCUGUAUUUGAGCUCCAGAAGGAGGGCAGAGAGGCCAACUUCGUGCCAGUGAUAGAAGGAGAGCAGAUGGGGUCCUAUUUUGGCUCUGAGCUGUGCCCUGUGGACAUCGACAUGGAUGGGACCACAGACUUCUUGCUGGUGGCUGCUCCAUUUUACCAUGUUCACGGAGAGGAAGGCAGAGUCUACGUGUACCGGCUGAAUGAGCAGAAUGGUUCCUUCUCCUUGGCACACACGCUGAGUGGGCACCCCAGGUUCACUGAGGCCCGAUUUGGCUUUGCCGUGGCAACAGUGGGGGAUAUCAGUCAAGAUAAGCUCACAGAUGUGGCCAUCGGGGCCCCCCUGGAGGGCUUGGGGUCAGGCGAUGGCGCCAGCUUCGGCAGCGUGUACAUCUACAACGGACGCUGGGAUGGCCUCUCUACUAGCCCCUCGCAGCUGAUCAGAGCCUCAGCGGUGACCACAGGACUCCACUACUUUGGCAUGUCCAUGGCUGGUGGCUUCGAUUUCAGUGGCGACGGCCUUGCUGACAUCACUGUGGGUGCUCUGGGCCGGGCAGUUGUGUUCCGCUCAAGACCUGUGGUUCGCCUGAAGGUGUCCAUGACCUUCACCCCUGAGGCACUGCCCAUUGGCUUCAACCGUAGCGUGAAUGUGGGUUUGUGUUUUGAAAUCAGCUCUGCGAGCACAGCUGCUGAGUCAGGCCUCAGAGAGACAUCUCUGAACUUCACGUUGGAUGUGGAUGUGGUGAAGCAGAGGAAAAGGCUGCAGUGUUCGGACAGGAGAGCUUGUCAGAGCGGCCUUAGGAGGUGGAGCAGUGAGCCCCGUCUUUGUGAGCCCUUCCUGCUCGUCCCCACAGAGGGAGAGCUCUGUGAGGAGGAUUGCUUCUCCAACAUCAGUGUCAAGGUCAGCUACCAACUCCAGACCCCCAAGGGCCAGAGGGACCAUCCCCACCCUGUCCUGGACCUCUACACUGAGCCUUCUGCCAUCUUCCAGCUGCCCUACGAGAAGGCCUGCAGGAACAAGCUGUUUUGUGUCGCUGAGUUACAGUUGGCCACCACCACCUCUCAGCAGGAAUUGGUGGUGGGUCUCACAAAGGAGCUGACCAUGAACAUUAGUCUAAUUAACUCUGGGGAAGAUUCCUACAUGACAAGCAUGGCUUUGAAUUACCCCAGGAACUUACAGUUUAAGAGGAUACAAAAGCCUCCUUCUCCAAACAUUCAGUGUGAUGACCCUAAGCCGGCUGCUUCUGUCCUGGUCAUGAACUGCAAGAUCGGUCAUCCUGUCCUCAAGAGGUCGUCUGCAAACUUUUCAGUAGUUUGGCAGCUAGAGGAGAAUGCCUUUCCAAACAGGACAGCCGACAUCACUGUGACAGUCACCAAUUCCAAUGAAAGAAGGUCUUUAGUCAGAGAGACCCACAGCCUUCAAUUCAGGCAUGCCUUCAUUGCGGUUCUUCCCAAACCUUCAGUGAUGUACGUGAACACAAGCCAGGGGCUUGCUGACCACAAAGAAUUCCUCUUCAAUAUACAUGGGGAAAAUCGUUUUGGAGCCAAAUUCCAGCUGCAAAUUUGUGUUCCAAUCAAAUUACAAGGUCUCCAGCUUGUAACAGUGAAGAAUGUGACAAAGACUCAGGCUUACACGGUGUGUAACCAGAGUCAGGAGCGCGCUUGUGGGAGCGAUCCGGUUCAGCGUGUGGAAGAAUGGCAUUCAGUAAGCUGUGCCAUCACUUCGAAUAAAGAAAAUGUCACCGUGGCUGCAGAGCUCUUCUUGAGUCAGUCCAAGCAGUUACUAAGAGAUGUAACUGAACUGCAGAUCCUUGGUGAACUGUCUUUCAACAAAUCCCUAUAUGAGGGGCUGAAUGCAGAGAACCACAGAACUAAGAUCACUGUCAUCUUCCUGAAAGAUGAGGAGUAUUACUCUUUGCCUGUCAUCAUUGGAAGCAGUGUUGGUGGCCUUCUGGUUUUGAUUGUGAUUAUAGUCAUCCUGUUCAAGUGUGGCUUUUUUAAAAGAAAAUACCAACAACUGAACUUGGACAGCAUCAAGAAGGCCCAGCUGGAAUCAGAGAAUCUGCUCACAGAACAUUAGGACCAGCUAUCUCAUCCACUGGGAGAGAGUAUCAGCCAGUCCUCGAUCUAGAGACUUGGUGUGGUACUGAUUACUUUUUCCUUUAGGAUCACCUAGAGCAGAAUCUAACAAAGUGUUUGCAGAAUAUUGUUUUUUAACCUUACGUACAUUGUCCCGAAAGUGUCUGUGCAUUGUGCAAAAAAUAAACUUGGGUAACUUUUGGUGUUAAAGUAAACGGUUUUCUUUGCAGAAGUGCCUUUAAUGUGCAAAUAUAAUAUACUUUUUGAUAUAUUUUUUCCCUAAGAGGAGGUUACACAGCACUUCCCAACCUUAUUUGCCUAAGAAUGCCUUUUUCUUAGCAUUGCUAUUAACGUCUCCCAAAAUAGUGUUCCAUGAAGUACAUCUUGUUUGAAAGUGAUUCCUAGUCUGCAUUUUCAAGAUCCUAAGAUGUUGCCUGUUAUUUCAAAUCAGGCCACAAAAAAGCACCUACAGAGCAAAUGUAAAAAGCAGAAAAACAAAGGUCACCAAAACAGAAACUAGAGAGGAGAGAAGACCAGGACUUUGUUCUGUAGUUUCAUUUCUGUUCCAUGUAUGCACAUGUCUAUUUAAUAUACGAUGCUGGUCUUCACCUGGCUUCCUGCUUGGUGAAUUGCUCAGGGAGACUUUUGUUCCUUGGUAAAUACUGUCACCAGGAGAGAGCACUCGUCCACAGGAGGAGAUGGAACCUGGCCUGGGAGUUGGGGGAACAAAGAUCAGGGCCUAGUAAUAGGCUGGUUUCGCUCUUAGUAUCUUGUUUUAUUUUUAUGCCCAGUGCUGUUAAAACUGGACUACAUCUCCCCACUCCCAACCCUACAAGGGAACAAUCUUUGUUUUCACGGAUUAUAAAAGUCAUUGCAAAAAGUUAAACAGUGCAGAAGUAUAUAACAUAGAAAGUAAUCCUUGUGAUCCCUCAGUCUUUAUCUAAUUUGGAUGCUUUCAUUACUGUUUCCUUUGAAUUUUAAUUUUUUCUGAAAUUUGUACGUGUGUAAGGUGUGAAUUAGGGGAUUUCACCCGAGUUGUUUUUUCCAGCAGCAUACCUAGUUUUCACGGCAGUACUUGUUGAAAUACUUAACCACUUCCUCCACUUGUUCUUGCUCUCCUGUAUUACAGGGGCUGGAAGGCUUUAAACAUUUCCCAGUCUCCCUUGCAGUGGGCUUCGAGUUUAGGUUUUGCCAGUGAGAGGCACUUGCAUGAAACCUGAAGGUGGACAGAUAGGAGAAGGCUCUCUUCUGCUGGCACUGCUGGUGGCAGAGAUGAGUACAGGCCCCUGAGCAGCAGAGUGACAGUGUGGGCUCCAGCAGUGGUGGCAGCCUCCUGCAACUCCUGACCUCUGGGUGACCCCAACUCUCCUGUUUUUAUUAUCUAGCCCUUUGAGCAAAUUUGAAACUUAACUCUGUAUUAAAUCCAUUUCUGCUCGAAAUACCUAGAGUGGUUUCUCUUUUCUUGACGACCUUGAGUCUAACUAUAUUAUUUCCAAAUGAACAACAGUUGUCUCUCUAUCAUUUAUUGAAAUGCUCAUUGAUAUUUUGAAAUUCUACUGUUAGCAUUUAUGAAAUUCAUGUAUAUGUGUGUGUGUGUGUGUAUAUAUAUAUAUAUAUAAAUUCUGGAAAUUGAGUUUUGUUUCACUGAUCUAUUUGUUCCUUCCCAGUACCACAGUUGAAGGAACACUUUUUAUUUUUAGCCUUAUGCAAAGGCUAUGAUAAAUUCAGCACAGAGGUAUCUGAAAAAUGAAAAGUACAUCUCUCUGUCCUCUCCGACCUCUAAUCUCUCUCUCUGAAAGCAACCACUGUUAAUAGUUUUUCAUAUGUUCUUUCGGAAUGUCCCUAUGCAUGUACCAGUGUUAACUUCUUUAUAUGUGGAUCAGAUUGUGUGUGGUCCUGCUCCUUGCUUUUUCAUCUAAUAGACUUCAGAUGUCUUUCCGUGCAACACGUGUAGAUCUACCCCAUUUUUUUUUAACAGCUCUAUAGUAUACUAUGUUAUAUUUAUUUAACAAGUCCCUACAGAUGGAUAUUUAGGUGGUUUCCAUUUCUUUUCUUUUUUUAUUACAAAAAGAACAUCUUUAAACACGUCUCCUUCCUGACAUGCUUUUCAGGUAUAUUGAUGGGUAAGUUUCUAGCACAAUUACUGGCUCACAGGUUAUGUGCACUUAAAAUUUUAAUAGAUGAUGGCAACUUGACCUCCAAAAAGUUUUUACCGGUUUACACUCCUACUUAGAAUAUAUGGAAGUGCCACUGUAUUCCCCCUGCCACCACUGGGCAUCGUCAAAUUUUAACUAUUUUGCUUACCUGAUCGGUGUGAAAAAUGGUAUCCCGUUUUGGAUACCAGUUUUGGUUGUAACUUGGCAGUAAAUUUUGAUAUCUGAUAGGUCAUUUUCAUUCUUAUUAAAAAAUAUAUUUAUUGUAUUCUUUCAGAUAGUUCUUAGUAUCAGUUUUUCAAAUUCCCAAAAGAAACCCUUUGGGGUUUUAAUUUAAAUGUACAGAUUAAGUUGGGGAGAAUUGUUUUCUUUACAGAAAGAAAUAUGACAUUUCCUACUCAGAAAUAUGACCUUCUCCACUUGCUGAGAUUUUUAAAAACACCCUGCAGCAAGAGUUUAUAAUUUUCUUCAGAGGUCUUGAUUUACGAAGACUUUUAUUUUCAGCUGUAUUAUAUUUAUUACUGCUACUGUGAAAAAUAUAUUUUCUCACCCUGACUGAUUAUAGAGUUUUUAUUUAGAACAAUUAGUUGUUUUGAA